CUCUCACUCUCCCUCCCUCCCUCCCUCCCUCCCUCUCUCUCUCUCUCUCUCUCUCUCCGAGAUCCAUCUCAUCGUUCUCUGAGACAUCAGUUGAAACUAUGCUUGGAAGAAGGCUGGGAAUUGCUCUAAGCAAAACCCUUUUCAGUAACAGCAUCAAUCAGAAUGCGAUCAGCAGAUUCUCCACUGACACAGGAAGGUGUGAUCAAGUUCUCCUUGAUUAUCUGAAGAAGCUAGAAGGCAAGGUGGCACUAAUCACAGGAGCAGCCAGUGGCAUAGGCAAGGCGACUGCAGCUAAGUUCGUCACUCAUGGUGCCAAAGUUGUGAUUGCGGAUAUCCAGCACCUGCUCGGCCAAGAAACAGCUGAAGAGCUUGGACCUGAUGCCAUCUUCAUCCCGUGUGAUGUAACCAAAGAAUCAGACAUCUCAAAUGCCGUCAAUUUUACUGUUUCCCGAUUCAAUCAACUCGACAUCAUGUACAACAAUGCUGGGGUUGCCUGCCGCACUCCACCGAGCAUCACUGACCUUGACCUUGAUGUGUUUGAUCGGGUGAUGAGCAUCAAUGUACGAGGCGUCGUCGCCGGAAUAAAGCAUGGGGCACGGGUGAUGAUCCCUCGCAGGACUGGCUCAAUCCUCUGUACCGCCAGCAUCACAGGAUUGGUUGGAGGAACUGCACAGCACACGUACUCCAUCUCGAAGUCCACAGUUAUAGGGAUAGUGAGGUCAGCUGCUGCCGAGUUAUGCAGGCAUGGCAUCAGAGUCAACAGCAUAUCGCCUUUCGCCAUCCCAACCCCAUUUGUGAUGGAUGAAAUGAGGCAAAUCUAUCGUGGUGUAGAAGAUUCACGAAUUGAGAAGAUCUUACAUGAUGCUGGUGCUUUGGUGGGGGAUAAUUGUGAAACUAGCGACAUUGCCAAUGCUGCACUCUACCUCGCAUCAGAUGAUGCAAAGUAUGUCAAUGGGCAUAAUCUGGUGGUGGAUGGAGGCUUUACGGUGAUGAAGAGUCUAGCGUUGCCUGCACCGGACCAGGUGUACUGAGAGUUGGUUUACAUGCUUAAAUCAUACCAAGUAAGAGUGAAAGAUUCUCAACAAGAGUUGUAUAGAAUUCUUCUGCCUGGUUUUUUCUCAGUUCCUUAUGAAGCAUUGAGUAGGGAUUGCAGAUAUGAUUUCCUCACAAGCUUGUUUUAAUCAGGUUUCUUCAAGCGCUAUUUAAGUGAUCCCAAAUUCUUAA